CACCAUCCUAUUGUAAUUUCGGUUUCGGGCACUGGGCAGCUUUUGACUUAUUCAGCUAAUUAUUAAUAAUAAAACAUUUUUAGAAAGAUGGCUCAAAUUGGAGAACCUUUAACUCUAUCAAGAGACAUAAAAAGAUCCAUUGAACUUCUUGAAAAACUCCAAAAAAGUGGCGAAGUUCCUGCUACAAAACUGGCAGCUCUCCAAAAAGUUCUCCAGAGCGACUUUCUGAAUGCCGUGCGUGAAGUUUACGAACAUGUAUAUGAAACCGUAGACAUACAAGGGUCUCAAGAUGUAAGAGCUUCUGCCACAGCGAAAGCAACUGUAGCAGCUUUCGCAGCCAGUGAAGGGCACGCUCAUCCUAGAGUUGUGGAACUGCCAAAAACGGACGAAGGGUUAGGUUUUAAUGUUAUGGGAGGCAAAGAGCAAAAUUCACCAAUUUAUAUAUCAAGAAUUAUUCCUGGGGGCGUAGCAGAUAGACAUGGAGGAUUGAAAAGAGGUGAUCAACUUUUAAGCGUAAAUGGAGUGUCUGUAGAUGGUGAAAACCACGAGAAGGCUGUAGAACUAUUAAAACAAGCCCAUGGGUCUGUGAAACUUGUAGUUCGUUAUACUCCCAAAGUAUUAGAAGAAAUGGAACUUCGAUUUGAUAAACAAAGAGCCAGAAGGAGACAACAGUAUAAUUAAUUAAAGACUUGAAGUAUAUAAUCAUUUUCAUUCAGAUAUUCAGAAUUGUAACAUAGUUAAGUAAAAUUCAACUAGUGUUUCUUCUUUAGUUAAAAUGUUACAGUGUAUUGCAAUUUGUAAGCAUUUUGGUAAAUGUAAAGAUGGAGGUAUAGUUUUGUGAGCUUGUAGAUCUUAAUUUUACAAAUGCUUCCAAAUUAGCUAUCAAUACCAACAACAAAAGAUAGCAUAAAUGUUUAUUUAGUACUUCCAUUCUCUUGUAAUAGUCAGUAUUAGAAUAUUCAUUGAAAAUCUCAUGAAGCAU